AUGAGCUUGAAGCAGAACACAUCGCAACGCAUCGUCCGCACUGCCAUCGGCAUGCCGCGCCCGCCGCUUCGCCGCACAGCCGCCUUUAAGACACGCAUAGCGGCAGCACAUGGUACGGUGCGCGUACUUGAGCAGGAGUUGCGCGCCGCAAGUAACGCACUGGCCCUGGGACAAGGCGAUAUGGCGUCGUGCGCGGCAUGCGUUGUCCAGCGCGAGUGGGAGAACUUUUCGGCGAUCGUGGAGGUCGUGGAGGUCGUUGAGUGGCGAGUCACGCUCGUGCGGACAGCAUCGAUGCCGUCGCCGGACGCGGCGGCGAGGCACACGGGCGCCGGCGUGGCGCGUCGGCAGGCCCACCACGAGCGGAUGCGCGACGAGCGCGCUCGGGAAGCGGCCGCGGGCGAGGCGGAGCUUCCGCCGGAGGACGACGCGGUCGAGAUGGCGAGCGCCGUCCACGUGCUGGACAGCGUGGGGGAGGUGGGCCCGAACUACACCCUGCUGCGCAGCAAGGAGACGAAGGCGAAGCGGCGGAAGCAAAAGCGCGAGGAUGCCAGGGCGGCGCUCGACGGCCACACUGUCCUGUCCACCGGAUUGCGCCUCGAGAUCUUCUGCGACAGCGAGCGGUGGUACCCUGCGACCGUACCGGGUUUUACCCGGAGUUGGCCUUGUGUCGUCUAA